AACAUCUUGAUAUUGGCUGGUUGACAGUCGCAGUUCCAACGACAAUGGGAUCAAGUGCGAGAAAAAAGAAAGAAAAGAAAAAAGACUUUCAGAAAACGAAGUUGAAAGUCGGCAAGACCAAGGCAAAGCCUGACAAUUUCACGGACACCAGCUUUAAAGCGAAGUCAAUCGUCGUCAACCAACAGUCUUUGGCUACCUCUGCUCCUUCAUCAUCAUCUCAGUUCGCUCACUACCUGUCUCUGGCAUCCUCAUCACGCUCAGACACCCAACGCCGAGAUGCCCUCUCCUAUCUCACGUCCCAACUCUCCUCCGCACCAGUCAACCGGCCACUCCCCCUCCCCACCAGUAUCCUGCUCCCGAAGCUGCUCCCUCUGAUACUCGAUGGAUCAUCAUCAGUACGCACCCAACUCCUGAAAUUCCUCCGUCUCCUUCCAGCAUCAGACAUCGGAGACCACGCCGAAUCAGCACUGCUCUACGCCAGAGCCGGGAUGACGCAUCUCGCAGCCGAAAUCAGAACCGAUGCUCUCGCGAUCUUGGAAUGGUUACUGGAAGUGGCGAAGGAGGAUGUGGUUUCUUGUCCUGGUGGGUGGGUCAAGACGCUGAAGAGCUUCACGAGCAUGAUGGGCUGGGCAAGCAGUAGUGGGUCAACCAAGUGGACUUCAGCAAGCAAGGCAUCGUUUGGGAAGGCUGGAAAGGCGUUUCCUCGACAACUUCUCGUUCUGGCCCAAUUUUUGAAAGCUGGUUUAAUGGAGUCCGAGGACAUUAGGGAGAUGAAGAUUGGGGGUGCGUUGUUUCCUCUGGUGAAUAUGGAAAGGCAUAUGAUUCCAACGAGGUCAAACGCCUUUGCACAUCUGAAUUUGUUUGGGUCAUCAAGAGAUGAGGAAGGAGAAAUGUACAUUGAUAGGGAGGAUCGACAAAGGGUCUUUCAGAUGCUGUUCCAGCCAGCCGUGGAAGUAGGAAUGGCGAAUGCAAAGAAAGAGGGAGGCGAGGCAGGACGGGCUGCUGCGGUUCUGGCAAAGGUGUUGAAUGAAGGGAUGGCUGAUUACAGUGAUGUUGAUGAUACCCAAUAGAGAGGAUUUUAGGACGGAGUUUAUGGCUGGCAUCUUAUGGCGCAUUUGCUCGUCUAGGUGCUUUGGAGUUUCCCGCCUCAAUGGGGUUUUACGAGGCACAAAAGGAAGAAAUUCGAGAGAUCCCCCAAUGUACCGUUCACACUCAAAAUGACACGCAGAUACCCAAAUUUGAAUAAACGG